GUAGGGUCUAGGGAGUAGGGCGUAAGCACUCUCACAUCUGAAUGAAACGCACCCUAAAAAAUACUAAGAUGGGUGGCAGCACUUUGCAGUGCGCAUGCGCAGUAUGGGAUUUGAGACUAUUUCCUAGUACACAAACGCUCGAGUGUUCUUCCAGGUUACUAUACUACAACCCGUUUCCCUGCGGAGCGGAGCCGAACCCGGGCAGGGGGCGUUCCUCAAGAAAUAAAGCCAAAAAACAAGAGCAGGAGGCUCUGCAUGGGACUGCGAAGGGUUUGCACGACUCUCCCCCUCCCUCGGUGUGAUAGAGACAGAGAGCAGGCCAGCUAACAGCAGCGGUCUGCACUCCUCCUCCUCCUCCUCCUCCUCCUCCUCCUCUCCAGCCGGCUGGACCGAACAGAAGAGCCGAACGCCACUGCACGCCAGCCUCGCUACUCCUGCUCUGUUCUGGAAGCUGCUGGUGGGAUUUCUCGCUGGACCUCCACAGUUAGGAUCUGGGAUUUGAAGCUGACUGGGGGUGGGGGGGUUUAACCGGCAGUAAUUUAACCAGAGAAACCCCCCCGCCUGCCUCCUGCCUCCUGCCUCCUGCUCCGGGUCUGGCUUCAUCUUCAUCUUCCUCUUCAUCAGCAGAGGCGCUUUCAUUUCUGUCUAAUCAGAGCUGGUUUUUCAGCUGAACUUGCGCAUUCAGCGUUUGGAGGUCAGUCUCUGCGGUCUCUGCCUUCUUCUGCGCUUCCCUCGGAUCCUCGGUCUUAGCAGUAGCCGCUGCGCCGUUAGCUCCUCUCUCUCCCGGAGCCCCGCCAUGCCCGGCCCGGUGGCCGGCAGUAAAGCCCGAGUUUACGCCGAUGUGAACACCCUGAAGAGCCGGGAGUACUGGGACUAUGAGGCUCAUGUGCCCACCUGGAGUAACCAGGAAGACUACCAGCUGGUGCGAAAGCUCGGCCGGGGGAAGUACAGCGAGGUGUUUGAGGCGAUAAACAUCAACAACAACGAGAAAGUGGUGGUGAAGAUCCUGAAGCCUGUCAAGAAGAAGAAGAUCAAGCGAGAAAUAAAGAUUUUGGAGAACCUGCGAGGGGGAACCAACAUCAUCCGGCUGGUGGACACUGUGAAGGACCCAGUGUCUCGAACGCCCGCGCUCGUCUUUGAAUGCAUUAAUAACACUGAUUUUAAGGAGCUGUACCAGAAGUUAACGGAUUUUGAUAUACGCUUUUACAUGUAUGAACUACUAAAGGCCCUGGACUACUGCCACAGUAUGGGUAUCAUGCAUCGUGAUGUGAAGCCCCACAACGUGAUGAUUGACCACCAGCUGAGGAAGCUGAGACUGAUAGAUUGGGGUUUGGCCGAGUUCUACCACCCCGCACAAGAAUACAACGUCAGAGUGGCGUCCCGCUACUUCAAGGGUCCAGAGCUGCUGGUGGAUUACCAGAUGUAUGACUACAGUUUGGACAUGUGGAGUCUGGGCUGCAUGCUGGCCAGUAUGAUCUUUCAGAAAGAGCCAUUCUUUCACGGCCAAGACAAUUAUGAUCAGUUGGUCAGGAUCGCCAAAGUUCUCGGCACAGACGAGCUCUUCGGCUAUCUGCGCAAAUACCACAUCGAACUGGACCCUCGAUUUAAGGACCUGCUGGGCCAUAGGCAAACGCGGAAGCGCUGGGAGCAGUUUGUCCAGACGGAAAAUCAGCACCUGGUCAGUCCUGAGGCUCUGGACCUGCUGGACAAACUGCUGCGCUAUGACCAUCAGCAGAGACUGACUGCCACAGAAGCCAUGGAGCACCCCUACUUCUAUCCAGUGUUGAAGGAACAGUCUCUCACUAAUGCAGACAGCACUGUAGGAUCAGGAGGAUCUAAUGCAGCUCGGUGAAAUCAGAAAUAUGAACAGAACGUGUUACCUCAACUUUUAACCCCUCGUGGCAGAAACCUCUUAAAGUGUACAGUGGAAGGUGGAUCAAAGCAGCGUUGACCAGUUAACACCUUUUUUUGGAGUCGCCCAGUCCUGCAUACACUCGUACACACACAACCACAACCACACACACACAGGCGCGCCGUCUCUCUCCGUGUCAGUCAGGGUUGGUCUGCCUCCUGAAACAGGCCUCGAAGGUCAUGAAGAUGCCCCACUCCCCCUUUAUCUAAGUGAGAAACUGAAAGGAAUAUUCCCCCGAAUGUAACGCCCCCCCCUUCCUCAAUACUCUGACCCCUCCCUCCUUUAAUCUAAGCAUGGAGAGCGAAGAGCAGAUUAGGCCCCGCCCCUCCCUCCUCGUUGGUCUGUCUGUCUGUCUGUCUGUCAGUAUUCAGACCCCAGUCUGGUGUCUAUGCACCGCCGUACAGAAGUGGCGUGGUGGACCUGAUAUAACUUCUU